UCUUCGACUCUCCCCCCUCCCCUCGCACGCAAUCGCCAAUCUCAACUUCCCCCAAAUCCAGCGCGACCACAACCCCAAAUCCACCACCGGCGGCGGGCGGCCGACGCCGGCACACCUCCGUCCGGCCGUCCCUUCUUCCCAUCUGGUGCCUCUGGUCCCGUCUCCCUUGACCUGCUCCUUGUGCGACUCGUCUCCACUCCUCCCUCAAGAUCGCGAGGCGAGCGACGGCCGGCCAAGUUGCGAGUACAGGCGAGGCUGGUGACGCACGCACAUGCUAGGCUUGUAGGAGCAGCUGCCGGCGAUCAUCUGCAUCUACCCGACCAUCAAGGAGCAUGGCCGUGACAACGACGAGUCUUUUCUUGUUCUCACUCUUGCUGCCGUGGCCUUGUUUUGUCCCUGGUAUACUUCUCAACUCGACAUGAAGAAUGCUGUUCUUGACGACGAGCUGUAUGAGGUGGUGUGCAUGCAGUCACCACUCUGGUAUUCUAUUCAGACACGGCUUAGUGCCAUAACUGUGCCGCUUAGUUUGGUGCACUACAAUGGAGAUUGACAGUCUAAGAGAGGCCUUUGAACGAGUUGUCGAAAAACGUACCUUAUCUUCUACCAAAGUUCAGGAAGCUAUUGAUCAGAUAGUGAAUGAAGUUACGCAGGCAAUAUCGAAGAUACAGAUGAUGAAUACAGAUUCCAUGGACAGUUGUGACCAUUCACACAUCCUUGCAGAACUGAAGGCCAAGCUGAACGAAGUGGCGCCAUUGAACCAGCUUGAAGGGUGUCAAAAGGAAUUGAAUGUUGCUCUGAGCAAAUAUCUCAAGCUCCUUGAGAAGUCUUUUAAUCCAGAUAUAUCAAAGGCAUAUAGAAAUGUGGAUUUUGAGACUUCCACAAUAAACAACAUAAUAGCAAAUCAUUUCUACCGCCAGGGCCUCUUUGAUCUCGGAGACUCCUUUGUCCAUGAGUGUGCUGAGUCAGAUCGGUCUUACCUGAAAUCAUCGUUUCAAGAGAUGUAUGGAAUCCUUGAAGCGAUGCAAGCAAGAAACCUUGAGCCUGCACUCAGUUGGGCUGCCAAGAACCAUGAUCAGCUGUUGCAGAAUAGCUCAAUGCUUGAGCUGAAGCUCCAUUCUCUUCAGUUUGUUGAGAUACUUAUUAAUAAAGGAAGUAAAGCCGAGGCUUUACAAUAUGCAAGGACUCACCUGGGGCCCUUUGGCUUCAUGCACGAGGCGGAGAUCCCGAGGCUGAUGGCUUGCCUUAUCUGGGACCGGCUUGAUCAGUCCCCAUAUGCCGAGUUUGUGUCAUCGACGCAAUGGGAGAAGCUAUCUGAGGAGCUAAUCCAUCAGUUCUGCAGCAUCUUGGGACAGUCUAGCGACAGCCCACUUAAUGUAGCUAUAUCAGCUGGUUUUCAAGGACUGCCGACCUUGUUGAAGCUAACCAUGGUAAUGGCUGCCAAAAAGCAGGAGUGGCAGGCCAUGAAACAGCUUCCAGUCCCCAUAGACAUUGGACCAGAGUUCCAGUACCACUCUGUGUUUGUAUGCCCAGUGCUGAGAGAGCAGUCAAGUGACGAGAACCCUCCGAUGCUGAUGCCCUGUGGACACGCUGUAUCGAAGCAAUCAAUCAUGAAGCUGUCAAAGAGCAGCUCCAGAACUUUCAAGUGCCCUUACUGCCCCUCCGAGGCGGUAGCUUCGCAGUGCAAGCAGCUUCGUUUCUAGAUUGUUUCAUCUUUUUCCAGAUCAAAAUCUUUUAUACAAGUGGUUUCUUCAUGUUUUCUGUUCCACCCAUCCAAUAACUUUUUUCUGUAAUAUAAUCACCUGUAUCUUUAUUGAAUCCUGAAUGUUAAUCUGUACAGUAGCAAAACCCAGUCUGUUGCUAAAAUAUCUACUGAACACGAAAAUCUAAUAUUGUUUACUGUUCUUCUCUGAA